AUGGCUUCCGCAAAUGAGAAUCUAGUCUUCAAAGAUGGUGGUAGCAAUAACAAGCCUCCACUAUUCUGUGGUGAAUACUUUGACUUCUGGAAAACUCAGAUGAAGGCUCAUUUAGAAGCACAAGGAGAAGAAAUAUGGGAUGUUAUCCAAAAUGGUCAUUUUGUUCCUACAACGGUUGUUAACGGCGUUGGUUCAUCAAAGCCUAAAACUUCAUGGGAUGAUGAUGAUAAGAAGAAGGUCCUCUAUGAUAAAAAGGCAAUAAAUCUUCUUCAAAGUUCACUCAGCAUGGAUGAAUUCUUUCGCAUUUCGGCAUGCACAACGGCAAAACAAAUAUGGGAUACCUUGUUAGAAACUCAUGAAGGAAUUGCCGAAGUUAAAAGGUCAAGAUUAAAUACCUUGAGUCAAGAAUACGAGUUGUUCAGAAUGCAGCCCGGAGAAUCCAUCCUUGACUUGCAGAAAAGAUUUGUGCACUUGACAAAUCAUCUAAAAGCUCUAGGUAAGACUUUAAGUAAUGAUGAAUUGAAUCUUAAAGUGCUUAGAUCUUUAACCAUGGAAUGGCAACCAAAAGUGACGGCAAUAUCAGAAAAGAAAAGUCUAUCCACAAUGACUUCCGCUACAUUGUUUGGAAAACUUCAAGAAUAUGAGACGGAACUUGGAAGACUUGAAAAACAUGAGAAUGAAGAUAAGAAGUCCAAAAGCAUCGCUCUGAAAGUUGACUCCAAAGAUGUUGAGAAAGAAGACAAUUCGGAGGAGGAUGAAAACUUCUUGUUACUUGUUAAAAGGCUAGGCAAAUUUUUCGAUUGUCCUCAACUACCUAAGAAAAGUGGAUUCAAAAGCAAGAAGGAGAACAAGUACAAAAAGGCUUAUGUCGCAUGGGAAGAUAACGAAAUAAGCUCGUCAUCCGACUCAUAUAGUGAUGAAAGUGCAAACCUAGCAUUAAUGGCCUCACACCAUUCCGAUGAUGAAGUAAAUGAGGUUAGUAAUGACUUUUCGCUUUUUUAUAAUGAUGUGCAAGGUGCCAUAGAUGAAUUAUUAAAUGAAUGCAAAAUUUUGUAUAAAACUAUAUCAUCUCAAAAGAAACAAAUCUCAGUUUUGGAAGAGAAAAUUGAAAAAGGUUUUGAAGUUGAAAAAGAAAAGAUGAUUAGUGAUCAAAAACAAAAUUUUGUAUGCAAUAAAUGUGAGUCACUUUCUUUUCAAAUUGUCCAACUAAAAAGAGUUCUUGAAAGAUACGAAAAAGGACAAAUUGGAUUGAAGGGUGUACUUAGCCAACAAAGAUAUUCAAAUGAUAAAAGUGGGCUUGGUUACUCAAAGUUUUCAAAACCAAGCUCAAACAAGACAAUCUUUGUUAAGGCAAGUGACCAACCAAUCCAAGAGAAAGUGAACAAACCUAAAAUAGUUCAUCAUUAUCCUAAAAAGAAAAACCUUGUUAAGAAGAAGUCUUAUCCUUCUAGGUAUAGAAGUAAUUUUGAACCAACAUGCUUUUAUUGUGGUAUUAAAAGCCAUACACCUAAUGCUUGCUAUAUUAGAAACUUUAGUGUUGCUAAUGGGCAUUACGUAUGGGCUUGCUUGGAAUCCACAUCAAACUUAUGGUAUCUCGAUAGUGGGUGUUCCAAGCAUAUGACGGGAGACAUCAACAAAUUUUCAAAUCUAAAGCUUAAAGCCAAGGGUUUUGUUACAUAUGGAGAUAACAACAAAGGAAAGAUUCUUGGAAAAGGCAUUGUUGGUGCACCACCUUUCACAUCCAUUGAAGAUGUUCUUUAUGUCGAAGGACUAAAUCACAAUCUUUUUAGUAUUAGCCAACUAUGUGACAAGGGCUUCAAGAUCAAGUUCACUAAAGAUGAGUGCUUGAUAGAAGACGAAGUCACACAUGAGGUUAAACUAAAAGGUAAAGUGUCUCAUGGCAAACAACAACGAUUCAUGGCUUUGGCACAAAAGAUUCGCACAUAUUCAUAUGGAACAUUUGAAUAA